GGUUGUUUAUGUCUAGUUGCCAGGUUGCCGCUAUUGCUGUGAAAAAGCCGGCAGUCCAGUAGAUAAGUAUUUGAAAAUGUAAAACGGAGCUACUGUACAAACUACGACCAUGUGGAUCCAUAUUUAUACCGUCAACACAACACUUUUUCGCAAGGGGAGUUUUCUUAUCCUGUAACGUUACUCAAGUCAGCUGUUUAUCUCUGCCUCCAGUAACAGUUAGGACUUCUGACCUCACAGGUUCUCUGGUCUAACUAGUCCGUCACGGUUACACCAUUCAUGUCUCUCAGGGAAGAAACAAUGUUUUUGUUCGUUUUCGUUUUUAUAAUUUCUUUCUUAAGGUCGGCCGUUGUUCAAACAGAGCCCGUCGUGGACCCCACGUAUGUUGCUGCUGUGUACGAGCACAACGUAAUCCUGAACCCGGAGCCUCGUGUCCCCCUGUCCCGUUCCGUUGCCCUGCAGCAUAUGCAGAAAAACCUGGAUAUCUACGAGGAGCAGGCUGCCCGGGCCGCUGAUCAGGGUGCCCAGAUCCUGGUGUUUCCAGAAGAUGGCCUGCAGGGUUUCAACUUCAGCCGUUCAUCCAUCUCUGGUUAUCUAGAAACCAUUCCUGACCCCCAGCAGGAGAGCUGGAACCCCUGCACGGAGCCGGGCAGACAUAACAACACUGAGGUCCUCCAGCAGUUGAGCUGUAUUGCCCGGCGUAACAACCUCUACCUGGUGGCCAACAUGGCUGACCUGCAGCCCUGCCCCCUGCAGACCGACCCCUCCUCCUGCUGUCCCUCUGACGGACGCUGGCAGUUCAACACCAAUGUGGUUUUCAGGUCAGAUGGCCUGCUGGUGGCACGCUACCAUAAACACAACCUCUACUUUGAGGAGGCCUUUGACACUCCGCCGCAACCUGAGAUCAUAACGUUUGACACACCUUUUGCUGGGAGGUUUGGCCUCAUCACCUGCUUUGACAUCCUGUUCCAGGUUCCCACAGUCACCCUGGUGGAGAAGGGUGUGCGACAGCUCAUCUUUCCCACAGCCUGGAUGAACCAGCUCCCCCUACUGGACACAAUCCAGUACCAGUGGGCAUUCAGCUUGGGUGCCAAUGUCACCCUGCUAGCAGCCAACAUUCGUAAAGACCGACUGAUCAUGACAGGAAGUGGCAUAUUCACCCCCUUUUCUGCCACCUACCACCACGCCCAGAGAGGAGACCCAGAGGAGGGCAGGCUGCUGGUGGCCAGGGUGCCAGUCUUAGACCCACUGUGGAUGGGGCAAAGUGUGGCCACGGAGGAGGGGGUUGUUAGGACUGAGUCAACAUCAACUGCAGCUACAGGCUCUGGAUUCUGUCACCAGGAAAGCUGUUUUGAUUCUCAUCAUCCAGAAAGUGCUUCUUCAGUCCCUCCCUCCACCACCACCUUCAUCUCAACCAUGAUGUACGACACUUUUACAUUUGUCCUCUUAAAGAAGACAGAGGAUGAAGUGAAUGUGUGUAAUGGCACCUUUUGCUGUCACCUGCAGUACCAGCGGUCACUACAAGGCAGUGGUAAAGAGCUCUACGCAUUGGGAGCAUUCGCUGGAACACACAUUGUGAAUGGACACUAUGCCCUGCAGGUGUGUGCAAUAGUCCGCUGUGCGGGGUUGGACGUCAGUUCCUGUGGACAGGAAGUGGAAGAGGCCGAGUCUAAAAUGGACUUCCUGUUGGAGGGGAACUUUGAGACCAGAUAUGUGUACCCAUCAGUUUUGGCUAGCAGAAUGGUCUUGGAGCAGCCAGAGCAUCUGGAAAUGGCUUUAGAUGGCAGAGUGACCAUGAAACACUCAAACAUGUCUGGUGGGCUGGUCACUGCCUGUCUGUACGGACGAAUGUAUCACCUGGACAAUGAAUGAGCUACUUCAGAAUAGA